AUGGUACGAGGACAUUAUCGAGUGCUUGAAUUCGUUUCUCUGGCGCUUUCCUCUUGUCUGUCAUAUGGUAACAAAUAUGUGAUCAAAUUUGAGGCCAGAACCAACGAGCUGGGUUCAAGGCAUACUGAUCAUGGCAGUGCAAAUGGAGACACUGACCCGCGAGUAGAUAGAACUCACAAAAAUUCCGUUGAGCAAAAGGAAAAAAAGGACGACAAGGAUCAGAAGGAGCAGAAGGAGGUACCGUCUGUUCCGUCUUCUUCAUCAUCACCAAAGACUAGUAACAAUGGUCGUCGACGACUAGCUGACAACGAUACAGUUACUUUAAAGGAUCUUCUGAAGAAUGAAAAGAUUGGUGAUAAGAAGUGGAUCGUUGAAUACUCUGAUGACGACUUUGAUAAGCUCAGGCCGGCCAAAAAAGCCGAGUCAUCGAAAUCUAAUUCGGAUAAACAAUCGCACGAGGACAGUUUGAUAAACGAGGUGAAACGAAUAUUUGCCCAGUCUGAAGCACAGUCCAGGACGAUUUCGGAUGAUAUCAAAGAUAUCACUCGAUUCGAAAUACGACAUGAUUUGAGCAAACAGCAACUGUUUGUUGUACUAAUUCGGAGCUUAUAUGAAGAUGCGACUUGGGAAAAAGUAAACAAAGACUUGGUUAAGAGAGAGAAGCUGUUCAAGAAAUUUGUCGAUUCGAGUCAGGAUCAAAUAGCUUUCCUUCGCUCAUGGGAGAAGUUUUUACUGCAACAUAAUCGACCUCUGGCAGCUAUGUUAUUUAAAAUGUUCUAUGAUCGUGAUUACGUCGAAGAAGAUUCCGUUUUGGAUUGGUAUGGACAGAGUAACGAGUCAAACGAAGUUAGGAAGAAAUGUGAGAUUUUUGUCAAUUGGUUAAAGAAUGCCGAGGAAGAGGAGUCCGACUAG